AUGGAGCCGGCGGGCAAGGCACGCCGUUUUCCGCACCUGCCACUGCUGUACGCGCUGGUGGCCGCGCUGGCCGCCGCGCAGCUGGCCGGCUUCCUGCUGGUGCGCCACCAGCUGGCCGCCGCCGACCGUGUGUGUGCUGAGCGCGCGCUCCGUGCCGAGCGCCAGGCCGUUGUGCACGUGACCGACUUCCUGGUGAAGGCUACGCGCGGGCCACACGCUGAGUUCCGCCACGAUGAGGUGCUGACGCCGCCGCCGAGCGUGCGCCACCGGCGGCAGGCGACCGACCAGGCCGCUGCGAACGGCGCCUUCCUGGACCGUGGCCCCGAAUACACGGGCGCCAACGUUGAGUUCGUGCACCGCACCAAGACGGAGCGGCGCGAGGGCACCGAGGAGGGCAGCGGCGCUGCCGAGGAGGUCGACCCUGACAACCCGUGGGUGUGGCUCACCUCGUACUCCCGGAUACCGCUUGGAGCUAUGCAGGAGUUCUGUUCAGCGACGACAGAUUACUGUCCGCCGGGGAAGGCCGGCGACCAAGGCCUGCCCGGCCUACCCGGCAAAAUGGGCACCAAGGGUGAGUAG